AUUCAACACAGAAAAGCUUUUAGAGACUUUUACCCCAGUCAUCAUCAGGACAUGAGUGAGCUCCUACAAAAAAGCGUCUUCAACAAAAGAAGCAGCCAAGUUUGAGAUCCUUACCCUGAGUUGUCCUGUCUUCACAUUUCUACUGUUUUCUCUUAAAAGAUCCUUCAUUUUUCUUCCUAUUCUGAGUGGCAACUAAGAACAAAACAUUUCUGCAAGUCAAGCUCCCAGCCUGAGAUCCAAAAGACAGACAGAUCUCCCAGAGGAAGCAGCAGAGUUAUUUUACGGAGUGUCAGCAGCACAGCGAGCAAUCCAGCACCUGGCAAUCCCUGCCUGGAGCAUCCCAAGGCCACGCAUCAAACCACUGCCAAGGGACCCCCCUCCACCUCCUCCGCUGGUAACAGAGCUCAGGGUGACAUGGAGCAGCCAGUACCAGGCAGAGGAGCUCCUUCCCUUCCCUCAGGAGCAUCGGCAGCAGAGCCGGACCCCGGCACAGAGCCAGGGAACAUGGGAGACCCCAUUUCACUCCCUACUGAGCAUGGUGACCGAAGAUGGGAAAAGGAACUCCAGCAGCAUGGAUCCAAGGAACACGAAAUAAGCAGAAGUGGUGAGGAAACAGCAGAAGAAACAAGACUGAUGGUCCUGGAUCCAGAACACCCCCUGAUGAGAAGAUUCCAGGCUGCCCUGAAGAAUUACAUCACUAAGCAGAUGGAACAAGUGAACCUCGACCUGCAUGAGCUGAGGACAGCAACCGAGGACAGCAAAGUGCAGAGGGAAGAGCUCGGGGUGGUCCUCUAUGGAGCCCAGCAGCAGCUGGCCCAGCUGCAGGUGGAACUGGGGAAGAGCUACGAGCGCCAUUCCCGGGCAGCCGCGGCGCGGCAGCAGCUGGAGGAGGAACUGCAGGGCCUCAGGGAUGCUUACAAGGACACGCACCACAACACAGAGGAUGAACGCAAGAAAGUUUCUGCAAUGCAGACCCAGAUUGAAAACCUGGCCUUGCAGCUCUUCUACCUGCAGAACAUGGACCAGGACAUGCAUCACAAGAUCUUACUGAUGAAACGGUCAGCAAAGAAGGCUGAGGCAGAGAAGUUCCAGGCUGAGGUGGAAAAGAAGAAACAGGACCUUCUCCUAGACCAGUUAACAAGGAGAGCCUACGAGCUCCAGGAACAAAUUGCUCUGUUUGAAGCUCAGCUUGUGGCCCAGGCAGAGGACACAAAAGUGACCCGGCAGGCAGUCACUGAGGCUGGCCUGGAGGUCCAGGCUAUUAACAUGGAGAAAAAGAGGUUGAUAAACCACUGGAACAGCAGCUUGGCUGGAAUGAAGCAAAGGGAUGAGGCCUAUGUUGCCACUCAGGAGCUGCUGAGCAACUACAGACGUGACCUCAGUGCCCUAGAAGGGAACAUCCACGGCUGUGGAAAGUCCAUCAGGAAGGAGGAGGAGAAGAAUGAGUUGCUUGUCACCAUCCUGAACCGGUCUCAGAAUGAUGCCAACGUGACAAAGAAGCUGAUUGCCCAGUGCCUGCUGCAGCAGGAGGCCCUGAAGCUGGAAACUGCCACCUACACUCGUGUUCUCCAUGAGACAGAGCAGGCCCUUAUCAGGACCAAGAUGGACCAAGCUGCUCACCUGGAUGAGUUGGCAUCCAUCAGGAAGGAUAUACAGAAGAGAACUUACGCCAAAGAGCAGAUGGAGAAUGAAAUCAUGGCAAAGCUUCAGGACCAGAUGAUAUCCAGCCAAGCUGCAAAGCACUUCUCACAGAUGGCUGCAAAACUGCGGAGGAGAAAAACCGACCUGGAGCUGCAUUUUUACAAGGUUGAGAACGAUGUGGCCCAGAUUAUCCUGAAUGCAACUAAUACCAACUGCAGUCUGACAGUCCUCCAGAACACACUCUGUGAGGUGGACAAGGAAAUAAAAAAUAUCACUGAUAUGAUCAGCUGCCAGGAAAGCGAGAUUGCAAAGUGCAGGGUCCUGGCUGAUAAGAAGGGAGGGGUCAUCUGCCUGUACAACAAGAAGCUGGAGAUGCUUCUUGCUCAGCAGGGGGGGCAAGAGCUGGGACCACUGGAAAUUGAGAUCAACAAGCUGACCAAGGAGAUAGAAGAAUGCAAUUGUGAGGUGAUGACACUGCAGAAGUACUGGCUCAACGAGCAGAGGGAGCUGGUCAAGUUAACCCGGGAGCGGGAGGAACAGAUCAGCUCCCUGGAUGCGCUGAAGAAGCAGAUCACCGUGAUGCAGCAGAGGAAAGUGCGCAUGGAGAAUGAAAUUCAGCAGGAAACAAAUGAACAGAAGGACAUCGAACGGCACAUGAAGGACAUGUCCAAUGACUUGGUAAAGCUGAACGUGUUGAUCAGGAAGAACAACAGCAGCUUUGAGGAGCUGCAACAUGCCAACAUGAUCACAGAGAACGAGUUUGUGCACUCCCUCAAGGCAGCAGAAAAAGAAUCCUUGGAGAUGCAGGAGAAGUACAGUCAACUGACUGAGGAGAAGGAAAGGCUCCUGAACAGCAUAGUGGAAGCAGAGCAUCAGAUCCUGCUGUGGGAGAAGAAGAUCCAGCUGGCAAAAGAAAUGAAAGAAGCAACGAGUUCUGGGUCAGAACAAGGUGAAAUACAAGCCAUGAAAGCAGAGAUUCGUAGGAUGCAAGUCCGCUAUGGGCAGCUGCUGAAGCAGCAGGAGAAGGUGGUUCGGGAAAUGGAGGCGUCUGUUUCUCGCAGAGAGAUGAUAGCGAUUCGGGGAGAGGCUCAGAGCAAGAUGGAUAAGAAACACAGCUCCAAGAAUGACUUCCACCAGAGGAAACAGGAGCUGAGGAGGAAGAUCAGGGAAGCCCAGGAGAACAUUUUUAACUGCAACCAAGCCAUCCUGGACCUGGAGAACACCCAAGAGUCCCUCAGGGCCAGCUUCUCGGAGAAGAAGCAGGAAUUGUGCAAACUCCAGGCCACGGCUGAUGGCCUCGACUUGGACAUGGAAUGUCUCCAGAACGAGAAGCGCUGGAACCUGUUGGAGCUUGUGGCCCACCAGGCGCACCAGAAGCAUCUGCAGGCACUGAAGGAAGGGAAGUACCGGGCCUCGGGCUGCACAGAAGAGGCCUGCAGGAACCAGCAGGAGAAACUGCGGGUGCGGCUCGAGACCAUUAACACCAUCGUCCAGCGGAUCCGGGAGGAACACCCCCGGCACCAGAGGGCUCUCCAGUGGCUCAGCCAGUGCUUGGCAUCCAGGCUGGGGUCGGAGAAAGCCUGACAGAAACAGAGAAGAGACAUGCAGUAUCUGUUUUAAUUUAUCUACCCGCUGCAGACUUGGUAAAUAAAUA